GAAAAACCGACAUGUCUGUGGUAGAUGGGUCGUGCCAUCCAAGCGGGUCCCUGCGGUCCUCGAGCAUUCAAGUGAUAUCCCCUUUCUGUCACACGUCAGCCGCUCGACUGAACUCGACGUCGAGUAAAAAUUUGACUGAAAGGGGGCAUGCGUAGUGUAUCACAACGUCUCACGCGUUUGCUUGCGGUUUUUUUAAUGGUUGAUCCGCCUUAGAGGAAUGGAUCCUAGCUUCCGUCAGUGCCGCGCCCCGCUUUGGUGUGAGGCGGGCCACGAGGAAAAUGCGGUGAAAUCUUGGGUUGCGGUGGCAGACAACUUUUUUGCCAGUGAAGUUAGCUUCUUGCGGUUCGCAUAACAUGUCAUGACCGGCUUCGUGAUGAACCGUAAUAGUACAUCGUGGAAAAAGCUGGCCCUUUACGCGACAGCCCCUCUAUGUUCCUCACCUGUACACCGACGGUCUAACUGUGUCCCCUUAUACAUCGCGCGUGUCUCGAAAGCUCGUGUUCUCUACCGCAGACGCAAGGGACGUUUUGUCUGAGUUUCGGCACACUGACUCUAAAGCAAAUGGGAGACGAGGCAUGUGAAUUAACUGUGGAGUCGUGGAUGAUGCCCUUUACUACCCGUGCUGCGACACCAGCCCUGUGAGUCCAACGGUUAGCCCCCGACACGCGUGUUCUGUUUGUUUGAUUAGGCACGCCCUGGCCACAGACUUGAUAUCGUGGCAGGAGUGUUUCACGUUGGUGUGCAACACUCGAGGAACCGUAUAUAAACUGAUGCGGCGUCGGAAAAACGGGGAAAACAUGCCUUUCCCAGUAGCAUAGGCGUGCCCAGAAUAAUACAGCUCACCGUCGCAUGUUCGGAGGUUCGGAGAAUGUGCUGAGUGACGCACCUUGCCCCCGAAUUUAUAUACGUUCGUGGUCGUGGCCUUUUUUUGUCCCGUUUCAGUGUGAACAUUACAUGCGCUUCCGCGAUAUAAGCGUGGACCGGGCGCGACACCGGUAGUCACCCUCAUUGUGAAUCCUGGUGUGGAUUUUCACUGUCGCAGAGCUUCCGCAGGCCGAAAUUCCGCUACUUCUCUGUUUCCGUGGAACAGGCCAAAGCCCAUUAUCUGCUGAGUUUAUAGAUAAUUAGAAUAGCGGACUCCAUCGGGGUCGGGUCUUUAACGGACAGAGGCUCCCUCCCGUUGCAGUACCCGGGAAUCGAACUGAGUUAUCGCUACAGGAGGCUGGCUGACGGGCGUAGCUGCGUAAGGACGGCGCCUGUUGCGGCGCAGGCGUUAAAGGCUUUUUCGUUGGUGCCUCGUCAUAUUGUCUGCUGCGCGCAACAACGAUUUCCUCGAGGCAGCAGUCGGGGAGUCGAUACGCCAGACACUUGGUGGUGCACGUGGUUCGUUCUCUUUCUUUGGGUUGCUGCGUUCAUGCCAUUCGACUUGUUUCAGCUGGCGCGGCUGUGGUGUGCUCCGCCAUUUUGACGCACAUUUAACGAUACUUGGUUUCGUCAGAAUUUCACAGCACGAGAGUGGAGGCUUUCCUGACUUGAAGGUCCACACGUGUGGAGCCCCGCACAUCCAGUUUGGAUCCUGCAUUUUGUAAAGCUGACCCAGUGCCUGGCGGGUCAGAAGCCGUUCUGAACCGUAUGAAGUUGCCACAGUGAACCAGCCGGCGCCUUGUGGGUCUGUUCGAUUGAGAUGAAACAGAGCGCCGAUCUGUACUUGUGAAGAGAGCAUCAAGUGGCCUUCAAAGCAGCCACACCGUCGAUGCCGUUGUCGGGAAAGAGUGUCGUGGUUUUCGUUCAGCCGGUGAUCCGGAGCCAGAGUGGCGACCGUUUUUUAAUCACAUGUAGGCGUUAUGGAGAGCAUUGUGUCGGAGGUCGCACAAAAGACCGUCCUCAUUCUCGUUGACGAGUUCAUUUCCCAGGGGGAUGAGGCGCCUCUCGAUCGAACGGUCGAAAUUCUGCAGAUCGCGCUUCUGUCGUGCGAAGCGAAGAAGUCGGCCGCCAAAUGUCUGAGCGCCGGUCCCGGCGGAUCAGGUUCAUCUGAGGCAGCUCCUCUUCUCUCCGACGGGCAACCAGUGGACGGUCUCACGAGGACACGAGAGGCUCUAGCGAACUCUGCGUCGAGAAGUAGCUCUGCUGGACAAGCAGAAGUAGGGAGUUCCCGGCGCACGCAGGGACAGGUGCUCGGAGGUGGAGUGCACUUUGCUGCACCCCGUGUUCUGGUCCCUCCUGAAAACUUGAAAAACCCCUCGUCGUUCUUGAAAAUAUACGGGGACCCCCUCUGCUUUGCCGGAUCGCGCAACCUGGUUGCUGGUUGUCGAGGAAACUGGAAAUGCGCCAAGUGCGGCACCGUCAACUUCCCUCGGAGGUUCCGCUGUAAGCAGUGCGACAAGGAACGGGACGAGGAAGGUCACCGCAUCGUUCUCGAAUAUGCAAAGACCGUUUAUCAGCAGUAUCUGGCAGCAGGCUUGUGGCCUGUUUGGUAUGCUGCGGAUCGCGGGGGCCCCCUUGACGCUCGAAGCCUGACGCCAACGGGCCUCACUGUGCGGACAACACAGCUGUACAAGCUUCGUUGGCUGCCGACAUGGUCGACCGGGCGGGACUACUGUAAUGUAACGUCGUUUGAGAUGUUCUGUUCUUGGACGUUGGCCGUGCCACGCGUGUUGUACGAGAACAAAACUAUCAUUGGCGAUUAGGUCCUGCCGGUCCUGUGUUUGGCUGUUUGUCACGGCUUCCUUCAUGGCCCAAGUGGCGUUUUGUUCAUGGGGCGAGUAGAAAUCUUUUUUAAGGGAAUCAACGUCUGUGGCUGUGGUUGCCGCUGCUUGUGGGCGGCCCCCAAAAGGCUGAGUUGAUGCUGGUCCGCGCGGUGGGUGGUGGUACGAUGUGUCAUGUUACUUGCUGUGGACAAGAAACUCGUCGUGCAGUGAUUAUCUUCCUCGUUGAAAUGUGGGAGGUUUACAUUUGUUGUUUCGGGAAAAUACAGUUAUGCCGAAUGCUUUCGCUGUCAUGGUAGCGCGACAGAACCUGGAUUGGGUUUUUCGGUUUUUGUUCGGGAGACGUUUGCCGUGUGACGGUCUGAUUGAUGUUUCGACGUCUUUUUUUCCACCCAAACGUGCCGCUCCAUGAGACGGCAGGUUGCGAAGCAACCUCGUUCCUGUCGGCAAGUCUGGAUGGCCCCUUCUCUACAGUUUGUGAACGACCAUUUCCCGAGGUUUUAAAAGUACAUCGGGCGAUGGUGUGCUGAUCAUCCAAGCUGGAAGCAAGCUUAUUAGUGGCUGAUCGCGAGGGAAUGAUCAGGUGACUGAGGGACCACGUGACUGCCGAGAGUGACCUAAAGAAUUUUGAAUCGUUUUGCCGUUGACGACGGCAAUUCGGUAGCGGAUCACAUUUGUCAUCUCGUCGAAUUUUACUAAAACGAUGUUUCAUCCUGCGAGAUGACUUUUUUUGGUUCCAUGACAAAAGCGCCGUAGUAUAUUUGACCCGGGUUAAGUGUUGAAGGUAGCGUUGGUUUGUAAUUCGUUAACCAUGUGCGUUGCGACGAUUCAACGGUGUGUACAGAAUAAUACAGCCGUGUGACGUUGUGACAGCCGGGGGGAGGGGGAUCCCUUUGAUUCUGUGUGUCGGGUUAUUGUGCCCUGGGUGCGCAAACGACGAAGAAUGUUCAAGGCUUUCCUUUUCUUACAUUUAGUUUAAGCUUGGCCACCGUGUUCUUACGGGUGAGAACUUGUGAAAGCCUGCUCCGGUCCAUUCCCCUUACAUGGAUUCCUAUCCUGAUUACCGUUUUUGUGUUUUUCUCCGGCAAAGAACCUCUUGUGAAAGGAGUUUACUGUUGUGGGUUUAAAAAAGUUUUGUUGUUUUUCCGCUAAGAAACAAGUCUGCAGUGACUAUCCCGUCUCACCCUCGGUUUCCCGAAAUCUUCAUUGCCGGCGUGGAACUGCCCUCUGGCAACUGGCGCAUCUAUAAAGUAAGACUACAAGCAUGGUAAUGAUGCGCUGCGUAAUGUGCAGUGAGUGUAAAUGUUGCACUUCAUGCUUCGUAGGGAUGGCGUUUUUACGGGACGCGUGAACCGACGGGGGAUAACUUGUAGGGGGAGCCUAGCCGAUAUUUACGAUGUGUUUCGGGUGGUCGUUGACGACAACGAUGUUGCAAGAGCACAAUUUUCCGUGACCUUUUUUAGGACCUUAGUGUAAAGUUUUGAAAAUAUAAAUUCAUUAAGACUUUGCAGUGGAGGCGCAGUUCAUCAUGCAGUGUAACUCGCAUCUCUCUCUCUCUACAACGCCGGCGGCACUGUUCCAGGUGUUGGCGUCGUGGUGACACUGCUGCCUUCGAAAAUGAAUUGUGACUGAUAAUUAUGGGUCAGUACCCUUGCACUACCAACAUGCUGCCAGGUUAUGAAAACAAUUCACUUUCUUUGAUGUUGCUUGUUCACUGCUUUAGCGACAACGAAUGAAAGUUUUUGGAAGUAGUUACCCCGCAGUUCAACUGUCGACUUUUUGUCAACGUUUCUCCACGGAACUGGAACAUAACCCGGCAACUCGUGGUGUCGCCGUGGUCGUGCUGUAUGGCACAAAAUCGCUAUUUUUUGAAUGGCUUUGAAGCAAACAGAGAAUAUGACUGAAGUGGGUCCAUUUCGUUGGGCAAGGUAUGUACAGCUUGAAGCAGAUCCGUACACAGCAGGAGAUACCAGCAAUCGAUCGCGUAAAAGCUCAGAUGUGACCCCACACUGAUGGUGCAAGUAUAUCCGAAGGACCCCCGCCAUAAGUCGUGCCUACAUCCACCGAAAUAUCGGAGUGGAGUUUGGACACCAGCACGGAAAUACAGUAAAACAGGAGCUCGCCAGCCCUAGGGUCACACACGUGUUUGCACCUGCCGCUCAGUUUGUACAGGAGGCACUGCAGACCGAUUGGGUGAAGUGUUGAACCGAUAGUUGAGUUGAGCAAAUGCUCAAUGCCCGUUCACCUCGAAGGUUGUCGACAGAAGUGUUCAGCCUGGCAACUAGAACGCAUAAUUAUAAAACGAAAGAUUUACUGCACCUUGAAGUUCAUACCAACAGCAUCUCGCGUCUAGCUCACAUAGGACUUACUAUUCGUGUGUGCUCUGUCAUAGCCUGAUCACGUCCGGGGGCAAAGCGUACUUGUGGCCAGUUGGCGUAGUCCUUCGAGGCCGCUAGUAGUUGUGCUUUUGUCGCGGUCCGUGCGAGUUUGCCGGGUUCAUGAAUUCAUUUUCGACGGCGCGGUCUCUGGUCUGCGAGUCAGAAUUAUCCAAGAACACUGGUGAUAAAGUUCCCCCUCAUCAGAGGCGCUGACCAGCUCAUCGGUGACGACGUUUCUCCGCGCAAGACCGCGUAGGAAUGCCCUGUAUAGCUACGAGAAGUGACAGCCAGCUGUGCUUC